UGGUGUAAACACACCUCGGGAUUGUUUUUAUUUAAAGAGGCUCUGUUUUGGACGUUUUUCCAGCGGGUUCUGACCUCCGGCGCGUGAGGAUUUGUGCUGUUUUAAUCCUGAAAGGUGGAAACACCAGACUCGCAAAACUGUGCAAGUUUUUCGUCUGAAACAAGAUGGAUUUGGUGUCAUCGUGGGCUGGAUUUUUAUUAUUAUUGUGCCAUGUAGCGCGGAGAGCCAGGGCAGAAAACGGACCGGAGUGCGGAGGCCUGCUGGAUGCGAGCAAGGCCGGUUACAUCACCUCCCCGGGUUAUCCCCUGGAGUACCCCCCUCAUCAGAACUGCCACUGGAUCAUCAGGGCGCCUGAGCCCUCGCAGCGCAUCGUCCUCAACUUCAACCCCCACUUUGAGAUCGAGCGGCUGGACUGCCGGUAUGACUUCAUAGAGAUCCGUGAUGGGAUUUCGGAAUCGGCUGAUGUUUUGGGAAGACACUGCAGCAACAUCGCCCCGGCGCCAAUCAUCUCCUCCGGACCGUCGCUCCAGAUCAGAUUCGUCUCAGACUACGCCCACCAGGGGGCGGGCUUCUCUCUGCGCUACGAGAUCUACAAAACAGGGUCGGAAUUCUGCUUCCGCAAUUUCACCAGCCCGUCUGGCAUGAUCGAGUCUCCGGGGUUCCCGGAUAAAUACCCUCACAACCUGGAGUGCUCCUACAUGAUCAUCGCCCCACCCCACAUGGACAUCACGCUCACCUUCCUGACCUUUGACCUGGAGAACGACCCCCUGAUGGUGGGCGAGGGCGACUGCAAGUACGACUGGCUGGAGGUGUGGGAUGGCCUUCCGCAAGCGUCUCCUCUGAUUGGACGCUACUGCGGGACGAAGAUCCCUCCUGAGAUCCAGUCGUCCUCCGGUCUGCUGUCCCUGUCCUUCCACACCGACAUGGCCGUAGCCAAAGACGGCUUCUCGGCGCGCUACAACAUGACACACAAAGAAGUGGCGGACUCAUUCCACUGCAACAUGGCGUUCGGGAUGGAGUCGGGGAAGAUCAACGACGAUCAAAUCACGGCCUCCACGACGUUUUACGACAACCGCUGGUUGCCCCGGCAGGCGCGCCUCAACAACGAGGACAACGCCUGGACGCCUUCGGAGGACAGCAACAAAGAGUACAUCCAGGUUGACCUCCAUUUCCUGAAGGUUUUAAAUGGGAUCGCCACACAGGGAGCCGUGUCCAAGGAAACUCAGAAGGCUUACUACGUCACCACCUUCAAGCUGGAGGUCAGCACCAACGGAGUGGACUGGAUGGUGUAUCGGCACGGCAAGAACCACAAGAUUUUCCACGCGAACACAGAUCCAGCUGAGGUGGUCCUGAACCGCAUCCAGCAGCCGGUUUUGGCCCGCUUUGUUCGGAUCCGACCGCAGACCUGGAAAAACGGCAUUGCUCUUCGCUUUGAGCUUUAUGGAUGCCAGAUUACAGAUGCUCCGUGCUCAGACCUGCAGGGGCUGAUGUCCGGUCUGCUUCCCGACGCCCAGAUCUCAGCCUCGUCCAGCAGGGACGUGGUGUGGAACCCUGGGACGGCCCGUCUUGUGGCCAGCCGCUCGGGUUGGUUCCCGGCACCGACCCAACCCCUGGCUGGAGAGGAGUGGCUGCAGGUGGAUCUGGGUGUGCCCAAAAUCAUCCGUGGAGUCAUCACCCAGGGAGCACGCGGAGGGGACGCAGGAACUGGCACUGCUACGGACAACCGGGCAUUUGUCAGGAAGUACAAAGUCGCACACAGCCUUAACGGAAAAGACUGGACCUUCAUCACGGACAGCAGGACCAGCCUUCCCAAGAUCUUUGAGGGGAACACUCACUACGACACCCCGGAGCUUCGUCAUUUCGAGGAGACGGCGGUCCAGUUUGUCAGGCUGUACCCUGAGCGGUGGUCUCCUGGAGGGAUCGGGAUGAGAGUUGAGAUUCUGGGAUGCGACCUUCCAGAAAUCAGCACGCCGGCCGACACGGCUACGCCAACUCUGCCUCCGAACGCAGAGACCACCGCCGUCCCCCUCGUGACUACCGGUGAGACAGAAAAGUGUUGGUGUUUAUUUUUGAAGAACCACGUUUUCUCUCGUGUCCUUCCAGAGACGAACAGCUACCUGUCCCUGGAUGCAAGCCUGAAGACGGAGAUGCAGCGAGCUCGCCUCGUGAGCCCCGUGAUAGCCGCCGACAGCGGACCUCUCUGCCUCCUCUUCUCCUACCAGCUGUGGGGAGACGCCCAGGGCCACCUGAGGGUCCUGCUGCGAGACGAUGAAAACGAUGAAACCGUCCUGUGGGCACUGAAAGACGAGCAGAGCAUCGUUUGGAAUGAGGGACGCACCAUCCUGCCUCGCUCCCCUAAAGACUUUCAGGUGGUGAUGGAGGGAUUCUUUGUCCACGGCACCGCGGGACACAUCUGGAUCAACAACAUCCGCAUGAGCGCCAGCUCUCCUCUGAAAGAGUGCACACAACCCAUCGCUGCCUUUUCUCCUGAAAGUCCAGGGGGAGGCGUUCCUGUGCCUCCCUUGUCCAUCCACUGGUAUUACAUUAUGGCCGCCGGAGGCGCCCUCCUUCUCCUGGCUGUGGCCAUCUUGGUCAGGGCUCUCUGUUGCUGUCGACAACACCUGGCCACCAAGAAGAGCCAGCUGUCCGUGGCCUAUCACAGCUCCUCACAGUGCUUCCAGUACUCUAACUGGUCCACCAGUAUGGCUACCCCGGGGGUGGAGCCAGUCCUGACCGUGAGGCUGGACAGCCGGGACCGACACCGCACCCUCUGCAGUCUGAACCGCUCCACUUGGGCCACUGAGCGCCGUCUGGCUCCUCGUAGCCGCGGCGGUCCUCCUGGAGGGACCGCAGCACGAACGCACACGGACACAGAGACAAGUGUGGGUUGGGCGGUGGAAGGGAAGCACCAGGAGCUGCCAAACCACCAGGCUAGAACAAGACCCCGGAGACACCAGAGGACAAACUAUGCCCAGAUGAAAGCCGAGCCGAGCCUUGUCAUGUUUUCAGCGCCGAUGUGCAACCACGGAAACUGCGGACAAACCCCGCUGGCACCCAUACGGUUGGCCAACAUGCAUACAAGCUGGGCUGCACCGCUGUUUGCUGCCAACUUCCGUUGCCCUGGAAACGGUAUUAAUAAUGCCAUCGGCCAUCAAAGACCUCCAGAUCUAGACGGGUGCUUUGCCAAGCAGCUACUCCUCCUGCUGAACGCCUGCCAAGAGCAGCAAACACACACAAAGACACGAAGUAUCAGACACAAUGAAGUUGGAGAUGGGCGUCUUUUCAGUGGCAGAGACCCACAAGGCAUAGGUUUGCACUUCCCUGAGUGGAACACGCCGUCCCCGUCAUCCGACCCUCCUGUGACGAGCAUCUCGGAGAAAGACAACUCCUGGUUGUACACCUUGGACCCCAUCCUGGUCACCAUCAUUGUCAUGAGCUCCCUGGGCGUCUUGUUGGGCGCGGUCUGCGCGGGCCUCCUGCUGUACUGCACGUGCUCCUACAGCGGCCUGUCGUCGCGCUCCUCCACCACGCUAGAGAACUACAACUUCGAACUGUACGACGGCCUCAAGCACAAAGUCAAACUCAACCAGCAGCGCUGCUGCACCGAGGCGUGAGGGGGCGCUUUGUGUCGCACUGUUCCCUUCGUUCUUUGCUUUGUUUGUUUUUCUUCUCGCCACUUCACUUUAGCGUCAGCUGACUUCCUCGGUGGUGCGGAUCAGAGAACGUGGCACCGUCCACGAUCUUUCUGGGGUUACCUCUAAGGACUGCUCUGCUGCACGGAUGAUGGGCCUCAAAAAUAAACGAAACAUCAACACAUAUCAAGUCACCAAAAGAAAAGUGUUUAUAAAUGCAUCGUAGAUUUGUCUAGUUUUGAAACUGGAUGCUGUAAUCUCCACAGACCUACGCAGAGCCAAGCACAUAGUGUUGAAAGGGUGGUAGGUUAGGAACACGUAUUUUUGAUCACAUGUGAACACAGUGGCCUAGAUCUUAGCUCCUUUGUUUGGCCCCUUUUGUUCCGUUGUAGACUCUGCCUCAGUUAUCCCCCGAGUUCCCGACAGUCGGUGGUAUUUUUAGUCCUCAGAGUCUCUUGAGUUUCUGCUCAGUCUCUUUCUGUUUGAUGUUUUCUUUCUGCGCUGUGGCCGUCCGUAGUGGAAGAUAAGUUUGGGGAAGAAAGAGGUGGAUAAAGUAUACAUACGUGUGUGUAGAGGUGGGAGGGGGGCAUUUUUAUACGUUCUAACGUCAGAAAGACGUUCUUGUUAGAUUUAGCUGCUGUUUCCUGUUAUUGAGAAGGUCGUGUUUACAUUGCGGUAAAUGGUAAAAAGGAGCUUUGGACGGUGCAUCCUAUGGAUUGCUGUUAGAGAAGAGACUGAUAAAAGGAGAGGAGGAGUGAGACUGAAGUCCUCUGUCUGUCUCUCAUGGGGAUGAUGCUCUCACUAUUGGAUCAGAACCACAAAAUCCUCCUCAGACUGCUGUGCGCCCAGACGCACAACGAGCCUUAAAAGUGAACUGUUGGUGGGAAAAGGAUCAGCGGGACAUAUUUAUGUUACACGUGGACCUCAGAAGCCAUGAUUGAAAGGACCUACCCUCAUCCUCACCACACACACACCUCAACUUCUCGGCUAACAGUGGCCUACUUUGGGAAUCUUCUCGCACAGCAAGGGAAUCUUAUUCAUUUUUGUUUUGUUAAUUUUUUUUGUACUUUUUGUUAAAAAAAAGAAAUACGGUUUUGAACCAGUCAGAGAGGGUGUUGCAUGUUCUGAACGGACUCGUAAGCCGUGAGGAGGAGAGCCAGAGGAAACAAAUAUCCAAACACUUCACUUGUACAUACAGAACGUUUCUGGAUCAUCUCAAUGCCAGAGCACUCACACGCUAGCUAGCCACGACCCUCUGGUUUCUAAAUAAAACCCCAAACACGCACUCCACUCCGCCCAGUCCACCCUCGGCGCUCUUCUCUCCUCUGAGGCCCACGUUUACGGACCCCACUGACUCUCUUCAAAGUGCCUUGGAGCCUCGGGGAUCCAGCUUGCCUUUGGAGCCAGUAUCAGAAACGUUCAUUUGACUCUCACAGCGCCCUCUUCUGCCUGGGAGGACCAAAACGACUUAAAAAAAGACAGGAGCCCCUCUUUUUUUCGCACUGCUAGGACUGCUGUUGUCAUUUUAAAGGGGUCUUUGUACAGAAAUGCUCUUUUUAUGAUUGUUAUUAUAAUUAUUGUUAUGAUUAUUUAAUAAAGGAUUUAUACCAUA